UUAAAAUUUUUUAACGACAUGGAUGACAUUAACCUUUUUUUAAUUAAAUUGAUUAAAAAAGAACCUGUCAUUUUUGACAAAUCGUCGAAUUAUUAUAAAGAUGUCACAAGGAAGAGAGAAGCUUGGGAGAGGAUAGUGAAGCAGUUCAAUGACAAUACUGGGUGCAAUGUUGCAGUGAAGCAAGCACAAGGAAGGUGGCGAAUUUUGAAGGAAAAUUAUUCAAAAGAAAGAGCUGCGUUCAAGCAGCAUACUCCAUCAGGAUCCGCUGCACAACGCGAACCAGAAUGGAUAUAUUUAAAUGAUAUGUCCUUUAUGGAGCCUAUAGCUGAGCACAUGUUCACUGUCGAAUCCUUUGGCGGAGCGUACUCUGCAGUAGAGGAAGAACGAGAAGAAGAAGAAGAAGAAGAAGAGAUGGAAGAAGAAGAAGACGAAACAGAGAACGAAGAUAUUUUCUCCAACUUCCCCCUGCCUGAAACAUGUGUUCCUUCUGCUCAAGAUUUUUCUGCAGCCAGCAGUGAAUUUUCGCGGGAAAGAAUACGAAGAGAGAAAGCAAUUGUUAUACUGGACAGUUGGUCGCGUGUCCCGGAAAGAAACAGGUUUGCCUGCUACCAAGAUUUGACAUCGUUAAUAAAGAAAAGCAAUAACGAAGAUAAAUAAAAUGUAGUUAUUUUAUGUAUAAUUUUUUUAAAAAUAUAUGUAAAGCAGUUUGUCACAUCUGUAACAUUUUGAUUCUGAAACAAUAUUGUUCAAGUAUCUAUUGCUAGUAUUCAUUUUCCUUGG